CACACUAAAAACUCUCACCCAUUUCUGAAUCUUCAGAGCGCAGUGUUUUCAGGUGGUAGAGAAGGAAAGUUCAAUCGGAGAAUCAAAAGGGUGAAUAUUCAGGAAUGGCAAUGGCUGGGCGUUUGAGAUCGGCGCUUCCUCUCCUCCGCCGAGGCCUCGCUGCUGAAACUGUGUCCUCCUCCGCCGCGGAGAGAUCCGUCGCUACCAGAGCCGUCCUCUGCCCUUCUUUCACCAACACCGAGUUUAUGAGGAACUAUGCUACUGGCCAGCCUGCAAAAGAGCAGAAAGUCAAGGUUCCUGUGACAAUGUUUGGAGUCUCUGGAAACUAUGCCUCGGCUUUGUACAUCUCAGCAGUUAAAGCAAAUGUGCUGGACAAAGUUGAAUCUGAGCUUAUUACCCUUGUUGAGGCUUCGAAGAAAAGCCCUACAUUUUCUCAAUUCAUGAAGGAUCUAUCUGUAACUGCAGAUACCAGAGUGAAAGCCAUCAAUGAUAUUUGCACACAAGCUAAAUUUUCAGAUAUCACCAAGAACUUCCUGACCAUCGUUGCUGAAGCUGGGAGAUUGGGACACCUGGAACGUAUGGCACAGAGAUUCUCGGAGCUGACCAUGGCACACAGAGGGGAAGUACAAGCCACUGUGACCACUGUGAUUCCUCUACCUCCAGAGGAGGAGAAAGAAUUGAAAGAAACAUUGCAGGAUAUACUCGGACAAGGGAAGAAGGUUAAAGUUGACCAGAAGAUCGAUCCCAGUAUUCUCGGUGGGCUUGUGGUGGAAUUUGGACAAAAGGUUUUUGACAUGUCUAUAAGGACUAGGGCACGGCAGAUGGAGCGAUUCCUACGCCAACCUAUUAACUUGGAUUCCCAAUAAAUGGUUACUAUAUCUGGUCCUGGAUUUUGCCAAUUAUUCGCGAUCUUUUUGCCUAAAGCUUUGGCAGGAAACGAGCAACUUUUAUUUUUGAUAGUGAAGGGGUGGGUAGCGCCUUUCAUUUUCUUUCGUUUAACAAUGUCAUCCGGUGCUUGCAAAUAAGAGUUAUUCCCAUUGUUCUUAGCUGUUUGAUUCAUGUGAAGUCGAUCCAGCUCGAAAAGAUAUUUCCUUGUAAUUUUGAAACUACAAGAGUAUGAUUUCAUUUUCAAUCCUAUGUGGUUUGCAUAUGGGCAGAUAGAUAUUCCAGCA